GUCUGCGCUGAGGAGGAGGAGCCUGUGGGCUGUGUCACUAAACGUUGGACCCCUCCUCCUCCUCCUGUGUGGUUCCUCGCGCUCAUGGCCUCUGCUCCGCGCGCUCCUCUCUACCUGGGCCUUGACUUGAGCACGCAGCAGCUGAAGGCGGUGGUCAUCGAUGGAGAGCUGCGUGUGGUUCAUCAGAGCGGCGUGCAGUUUGACGCCGAGCUGCCCGAAUUCAGGACUCAGGGAGGAGUUCAUAUCCACACUGACAGACUCACUGUCACCUCACCUGUGCUCAUGUGGGUCAAGGCUCUGGACCUGCUAUUGGACAAGAUGAAGAGGGCGGGGCUUGACUUCUCCCGUGUCAGAGCGCUGUCAGGCAGCGGUCAGCAACAUGGCAGCGUGUUCUGGAGGAGAGGAGCGUCUGAGACUCUGAAACAUCUGGACCCGGACCAGGACCUGCACCAGCUGCUGCAGGACAGCUUCUCAGUGUCGGACAGUCCGGUGUGGAUGGACUCGAGCAGCACUCAGCAGUGUGAGGACCUGCAGGCGGCAGCAGGAGGCGCUCUGAGGCUGGCGGAGAUCACCGGAUCCAGAGCCUACGAGCGUUUCACAGGAAACCAGAUCGCCAAGCUGCGUCAGACCCGAGCGGAGGAGUUGCAGGACACCGAGAGGAUCUCAUUGGUCAGCAGCUUUGCCGCCUCUCUCUUCCUCGGUGGUUACGCUGCCAUCGACUACAGCGACGGCUCAGGGAUGAAUCUGCUGGACAUCAGGACCAGAAACUGGUCUGAGAUCUGCCUGCAGGCCACCGCUCCUCACCUGGACCAGCUGCUGGGAGCUCCACUGCCCUCCACAUCUGUGCUGGGCCCCGUCUCCUCCUACUUUGUGCAUCGGUACGGUUUCUCUGAGAGCUGCAGUGUGGUGGCGUUCACUGGAGACAACCCAGCUUCAAGAACGGGUCUCUGACGAGGGAGCGCGUCAGGAACGAGUGUGCUGGAGCAUCAUGGGAACUUUUCUCAGCAGCUUUGAGGGACACGCCGCUCGGAAACCAUGGAAACAUCGGCUUUUAUUUUGAAACUAUGGAGAUCACGCCUCCUGUGAUUGGUGUUCAUCGCUUUGACUCUGCUGACUGUGAGGUGUCCUCGCUGAGUCCUCAGGUGGAGGUUCGGGCUGUGGUGGAGGGUCAGUUCCUGUCCAGACGGCUUCAUGCUGAGAGACUGGGAUACUCCAUCAUUCCAGGAACCAGAGUUCUGGCGACGGGAGGAGCGUCAUCGAAUAAAGAGAUCCUGCAGGUGCUGUCUGACGUGUUCAACGCUCCGGUCUACACCAUCGACCUGUCCGACUCCACUUGUUUGGGUUCAGCCUACAGAGCUCUGCACGGCCUGGUGGCAGAAUCCGGAGCGUCCUUCGUUGAUGUGGUGAAGAAAGCACCAGAACCACGACUGGUCGCCACCCCGCAUCCGAAGGCGAAGGAGAUGUACGACGAGCUGCUGAAGCGCUACGCGCAAUUGGAGGAGAGAGUUGUGCAGAAGAGCCACAGCUGAGCCUCAAACCGCCAUCAGUGAAAUCCCGCGACCGCCAUUUUCUACUGAAGCCAGCUUUGAGUUUGACUUUUACACCUGUUUACCUGAAAGAAGAUCAGAGUCAUCACAGGAACCCUCAGCCACCUGAAGAUGGGCUGCUCGCUUCGACUUCAGCCUGAUUGGAUCAACGACAUCAUCAUCAUGUCAAAGCCUGAUUGGAGGAUAGCAUUAACACAGCAGCGUAUGAUUUUAUAUGGGCGAGCAGAUUUGCUCAGUCCACCAGUAGUGAAACAGAAAAGAAGCUAAAAUGAUGAAACAGCCAGCGAGCCGUGACUGUGUCGCAUUUUAAGCUCCAAAAAUCUGAGAUGAGAGUGAUCGGCUGAAGAACGUCCACGUUAGUGCCAGCAGGGUCCUGCAGAGCAAAGUUUAACAUCCCAAAGUUUUUCAGUCUUCUUUUCACUCGUGACAGGCCUGACAUGUCUGUGACGUUUCUGACUGAAGCCCCUCCCACUGCUUCAUCACCUGGAUCCAGGUAGCGUUAGUUAUUCAUGUGUAAUUUUUAGUGUACAGUCUGAAAUAAAGUGAACGAGUUCGUGAA